AAUUCCCAAUCAAGUUUUGAAAAUGUCGGCUCCUGUCACAACUCAGCCAACCAAAUCGGUAAAAAAGGAGCAAAAUGAAGAUAUUACGGAGCCAAUGUAUGAAGUGAUAACAAUAGUGCCUGAAUCCCUUGAUAUUUCUACCAAGAGUAGCAAAAUUGAUGAUAAACUCUUUAGUUAUUUGGGCAGAAUUGACUCACUAAUACUUCAACAAGGCCAAGAACUAGUUGAAGAGGCAACCAAGGUUGCCAGCCUUGGAUGUUGCAAAGUGGAGACAGAAAAUCAGUAUUCAAUGAUACACCCUGAUACCAAGGAAACAAUUUUAUUAGCCAUUGAGAAUUCCAAUUGGUGUUUGAGAAAUCCUUGUCUUUGCUGUGUUUGGAGAUGUGGAUGCUGUCACUGUGAUUGUUCAACAAGACGACCUUUUGAGAUGAGUGUUAGAGGUGGAUCUGCCACAGGUCCAGAGCUACUCAAGUUUGAACGACCCUACAGGUCUAGUUGUAUACCUUGCUGCCUACAGUUACUCAAAGUGGAAAGUGACAGUCAUUAUCUGGGUUCAGUAAAACAGAUGUCAGCAUAUAUGGGACUGUGCAACUGCUGUGGACUAAUUGAGAUCCGAGAUACUAACGAUGAUGUUCUUUACAAGAUUGAGGUGCCCUGUAGACUCUGCUCUUGUUCAGGAGGAUUAAAUGUAGAUUUCUACAUAACUGAUGUUCAAGGAAAGGAUGUUGGACUGAUUAGUAAAGAGGGGGAUCUGUUGAAGGAUAUGUUUACCAACAAGGAUAAUUUUAUAAUCAAGUUUCCAACCACAGCGACAACCAUUGAGAAGUCACUCAUCAUUGGUGCCGGGAUUCUCAUUGAUUAUCUUUAUUACGAGGAUUGAUUUUUCGAUCAGAUUGCUUAUUCAUUAAUCUUUAAAAUAGUUGUUAAUACUUGUAAGAUAUUAAAAAUUAAAUAUAUAAAAUAUCUUCUUGAA